AUGUUCCGUGCUCAACGCCAUCUACCUGUUCUUGGACAGAAUGGGGUGAAUGGUGUGGUUGUAGAAGGUGCCGGGCUGGAAGAGAAAGUCGAAGGCGUUAUUGUGAACGGCCUGGAUCUAAACCUGGCACGUCGACCCUGGAUCCAACUUGUCAUUGUGUUGGAAACGAUUUGGAAGAUAGAGAAUGCAUCGUUGAACGGAAGUAAGACCGGUAGCCAUUCUCAAUUGUUAAGAUAUGCGAAAUGGAACAACCGAGUGGCGCAGGUGCACCUCCUGCAACUGAACCAAUUAGGAUAA